AGUCUCCUCCUGCUCUGCCUCCCCUCUCUGAUCUCCUCCUCCAGCAGUCUCUGCUCUGGAAGCACAUGGUGUAGGUGAGUAAUGUGCCCCCUCUGAGGCAAGAUGGUGGUCCUGCACUUCUACUGUUGCCUCCAUGGCGCUCACUCCCUGCGUCUGUCCGGAGCGGAGAAUAUCCAAAGUGUUCAGAGGGAGCUCUGCUACAAUGUCAACUGGACGGGUGAUGCCCCGCCUUCUAUCGAGGAGACUGAGACACUGCGUUGGCUCUUCAGCUGCCCCUUUGACCCCAAGAGCAUUUCAGAUGCGUCUUUUCUGCACCCUAAUCCCUCAGACCUUCUCGUGGAGAUUGGACCAAGGCUAAAUUUCUCCACCGCUUCCUCCACCAAUGCCGUGUCCAUAUGCCGCUCCAUCGGACUGACCGCCGUGGACAGGAUAGAAUGCUCUAAGAGAUUCCUAAUAAAGUUCCAGAAAGAUCUGGCGGAGAGUGAGAAGCAGAAACUCAUUGCAUCGCUCUAUGAUCGGAUGACAGAAUGUGUAUAUCCAGAUCCAGUGACAAACUUCGAGAUCUCGGUGCGUCCAGAGCAGGUAUAUGAGGUGGAUGUGAUCGGACGAGGAAGGGCAGCGCUAGAGCAGGCAAACUCCGAGCUGGGUUUGGCAUUUGAUUCCUGGGAUCUGGACUAUUACACGGCACUCUUCCAGCGCGUCGGCCGCAACCCCAGCAGUGUGGAGUGCUUUGAUUUGGCUCAGUCCAAUAGUGAGCACAGCAGACACUGGUUCUUCAAGGGUCAGUUGGUAAUAGAUGGAGAGGAGAAGGCUCUCUCGCUGUUUGAUAUGAUCAUGAAGACACAGGACAGCAGUAACCAGAACAAUGUCAUCAAAUUCUGUGAUAACAGCAGUGCAAUCCAGGGAAGGGAGGUUAUGGCUCUGAUCCCUGAUGACCCAUCACGUGCCGGCCGCUAUCACCUGCAAAGCUCCACCAGGCACCUCAUCUUCACUGCCGAGACCCACAACUUCCCCACAGGAGUAGCUCCAUUCAGUGGCGCUACCACAGGCACCGGCGGGCGUAUUCGUGAUGUUCAGUGCACAGGGAAGGGCGCUCAUGUCAUAGCAGGCACUGCCGGAUACUGCUUUGGUAACUUGCACAUUCCUGGUUACCCCCUUCCCUGGGAGGAUGACUCCUUUCAGUACCCAGUCCAGUUUGCCCGGCCUCUAGAGGUGGCCAUUGAAGCCAGCAAUGGAGCCUCUGAUUACGGCAACAAGUUUGGAGAGCCGGUGCUAACAGGGUUUGCCCGUUCGUUUGGCCUGCGUCUGCCCUCUGGGGAGAGAAGGGAGUGGGUGAAACCCAUCAUGUUCAGUGGCGGCAUUGGUUCAAUGGAGGAUGUUCACCAGAAGAAGGAGAAGCCAGAACCAGGAAUGCAUGUAGUGAAAAUUGGAGGUCCAGUGUACAGGAUUGGUGUAGGAGGUGGAGCGGCCUCUUCUAUUCAGGUUCAGGGGGACAACGCCAGCGAUCUGGACUUUGGUGCAGUGCAGAGAGGAGAUGCGGAGAUGGAGCAGAAGAUGAAUAGGGCAGUUCGGGCGUGCGUGGAGAGAGGAGACAAGAAUCCAGUGUGCAGUAUUCAUGACCAAGGGGCAGGAGGCAAUGGUAAUGUCCUAAAGGAGCUCAGUGAACCUGAAGGAGCAAUCAUCUACACCAAAGCCUUCCAGUUAGGGGAUCCCACACUAAGCGUACUGGAGAUUUGGGGUGCAGAGUACCAGGAAUCUAACGCCUUACUCCUCCGCCCAGCUGAUGCAGAGUUCUUGCGCUCUGUGUGUCGUAGGGAGAGAUCCCCUGUAGACUUUGUUGGGAAGAUCACAGGAGAUGGAAGGAUUGUGUUGGUAAAUGGAAGCGAGGCGGAUCCAGAACCCGAUGGAAGUGACCGAAAUUCUAUGCCGGUGGACUUGGAGCUGGAGUGGGUGCUGGGCAAAAUGCCUCGUAAGGAAUUUGCAUUAAACCGAGUUCUGCCUGAACUCCAACCUUUAACGUUCCCCAGCAAUCUCGUUGUCAGACAGGCCCUGGAUCGAGUUCUCCGACUGCCAUCUGUGGCCAGCAAAAGAUACUUGACCAAUAAGGUGGAUCGUUCUGUCACUGGUCUCGUGGCUCAGCAGCAGUGCGUGGGUCCCCUUCACACACCAUUAGCGGAUGUGGCAGUGGUUGCAUUGUCCUAUACUGACACCGUUGGUGGAGCCACAGCAAUUGGCGAACAACCAAUAAAGGGUCUUCUGAACCCAAAGGCUGGGGCCCGUAUGGCAGUCGGGGAGGCGCUGACGAAUCUCGUGUUUGCUCUUGUCACUGACCUAAAGGAUGUAAAAUGCAGCGGAAACUGGAUGUGGGCCGCCAAGCUGCCAGGCGAGGGGGCUGCCCUGUAUGAUGCCUGCGUUGCCAUGUGUGACGUAAUGGCGGAGGUUGGCAUAGCUGUGGACGGAGGGAAGGAUUCUCUCAGCAUGGCGGCCAGAGUCGGCUCAGAAACGGUCAAGGCUCCAGGGUCUCUUGUGAUCUCUGUGUACGCUGUGUGUCCGGAUAUUACUGCCACGCUCACCCCAGACCUAAAGAACCCAGGCAUGAGUGGCGUCCUGCUGUAUGUUCCUGUUAGUCCCGGUCAGCAUCGGAUGGGUGGAAGUGCCCUAGCACAAUGCUACUCACAGUUGGGAGAGCAAUCUCCGGACCUGGAUGACCCUCAGGCACUAGUAUCCUGCUUCCAGGUCACACAGAAACUUCUUAAAGAUCGCAGCCUAAGCGCUGGUCAUGAUGUAAGCGAUGGCGGUCUCAUCACAUGUCUCCUGGAGAUGGCGUUCGCUGGGAACUGUGGAUUGAAUGUCGAAUUCUCCUCCACAGACACUAGUGCACUGGACCUGCUAUUCGCAGAAGAAUUGGGGCUGGUAUUGGAGGUCCCGGAGGCCGCACAUGAGCAGGUUAUAGAGCAAUACCGGUCGUCUGGGCUACAGUGUGUGAAGAUUGGGUGCACCCAUGGGAAAGGACCCACAUCCACUGUUAGAGUUAGUGUGAACGGGGAGGAAGUGCUCUGUGAAGAGGUGGGGACACUAAGGGCCGUGUGGGAGGAGACAAGCUUCCAACUGGAGCGCCUGCAAGCCAAUCCCAGCUGGGUGUCUCAGGAGGAGGCAGGACUCAUCCGGCGAGAAGGGCCCAAGUAUAAGCUGACCUUUAACCCCAGUGAAAAGCUCCCUCUUCUGUCUGAGGCUGGUUCCACCCAGCCACGGGUAGCUGUUGUUCGUGAGGAGGGCAGUAAUGGCGACAGAGAAAUGGCGGCAGCACUUUUAAUGGCUGGAUUUGAGGUCUGGGACGUCACCAUGGAGGAUCUUCUAUCGGGAGGCUCCACACUGGACAUCUUCCGGGGGCUAGUGUUUGUUGGGGGGUUCAGCUAUGCCGAUGUUCUAGGCUCUGCUAAAGGCUGGGCAGCCUCUGUGAAGUUCAAUGCUGGUGUUCGUGAACUAUUUGAAGCAUUCCGCCGUCGGCCCGACACGUUCAGUCUGGGAAUCUGCAAUGGCUGCCAGCUCAUGGCUCUUCUGGGCUGGGUUGGUGCUGAGAACCCAACAGAUGCAGCCGGACAGGAUCCCUCACAGGGUGUACUGCUCAGCCACAACCUCUCUGGUCGAUUCGAGUCCCGUUUUGUUACUGUGAAAAUUGAGGCAAGUCCAUCUAUCCUGCUGCACGGAAUGUCUGGCUCAUCGCUGGGGGUCUGGGUGGCACAUGGAGAAGGUCUGAUGAGGUUCCGGACUCCGGCCUUCCUGGAUCAUGUCACCUCCCACCACCUGGCUCCUCUCUGUUAUGUUGAUGACCAGGGCCAGCCCACUGAGGAGUACCCCAUGAAUCCUAAUGGCUCCCCACUUGGCAUCGCCGGACUUGUUUCUGAGGAUGGACGUCACCUCGCCAUGAUGCCUCACCCAGAGCGCAGUGUCCUGACCUGGCAGUGGCCCUGGAUGCCAGAAGAUUGGCGUCAGUCGCUCGGUGUCUCGCCGUGGAUGCGGCUGUUUGAGAACGGAUACAACUGGUGCCUGAAAAACGUGUGUGAUGUGUAGUCACAGGGAGCC